UCCGCUUUCCACCUUCCGGCCUAAUGUCUAGCUUCAGCUCUUAGUUUGGCGGUGGGAAUCUUCGAGGUGGGGUACGCGUCACCGUGCCGUGAGACGGCCGUGUUCCGGUGGUGCUGUCACCGCUUCCGGCAGAGCCCCGCUGUAAUCUACACCUGUCGCAGCUUUGUCCCCCAAGGCGGGCGAGCUCCGGAGGUGUCCGGGGGCGAUCCAGUGUUUGCUGCGCUAACCUCAUCAAUCCGCCAAGAUGGCGAUGCAAGCGGCCAAGAGGGCGAACAUUCGGCUUCCACCUGAAGUUAAUCGAAUUUUAUAUAUAAGAAAUUUGCCAUACAAAAUCACAGCUGAAGAAAUGUAUGAUAUAUUUGGGAAAUACGGACCUAUUCGUCAGAUCCGAGUGGGGAACACACCUGAAACUAGAGGAACAGCCUAUGUGGUCUAUGAAGAUAUUUUUGAUGCCAAGAAUGCCUGUGACCACCUGUCAGGAUUCAAUGUCUGUAACAGAUACCUUGUGGUUUUGUACUAUAAUGCCAACAGGGCAUUUCAGAAGAUGGACACCAAGAAGAAGGAGGAACAGCUGAAACUCCUCAAGGAGAAGUAUGGCAUCAACACAGACCCACCAAAAUAAGCUCUGUAUGUUCACUGUGGACUAAAGCACAUGUGACCACUGUCACUUUUUUCUUUUUAAUCAAUA